AUGAGUGAUAAAAUAGGUGAUGCCCUUUGCUAUUCCGUUGGCUCAGCUUACUUAAGCGGACUGCCUGUGGUGGUGGCCGGCUAUCAGAUGCUGUUCGAUGGAUUUCUUUCGAAGGUAGACUUCAUGGAAAGGGCCAUCGAGAAUGCGAAGUUGCAGCCAGAAGACGUGAUCAUUGCGUUGGGCUCAGACACAAUCUUCACGGGUGCGGACCUUAACCCGUUCCUGGAUCGCUUCAUCGCACAGUCUGCUGCGACUCCCGAAAAGCUGGACGCGCUGGCGGUGCGGCAGGGCCGUGCGAUGGCACCAGUUCUAUUUAAUGGUGAGAUUAGUUGUUGGGCAGCGAAUGCAUUUGACGAUUGGUAUGACUGCAAACCUGGCUACGAGGAUGCCUUCAACAAGGUCCGGGAGUACGCCGUGGCACACCCCGAGCAUGAGCUUAGCUUACCUUUUGACCUAGUGCCACAGUGCCAUCUAAGCUCAGGAUCCGUGGUUGCCCGUGUGUGGGCGUACAGGGAGUACAUACAGGCGGCUAUCCAUUUAAGAAUAGCGCGAUCCCCACUAUUUCUUACUGAACGGGGAUGGUUUUGCGAUCAGGCCGUCUCUGCUGCUCUCUAUCUGAAUCUCAUGACGUGGGAGGUCGAGGGUGACGUCUUCUCGAUGCCAUUGCCUGAGCGGCAGGCCGCACGCUCUCCUAACGGUGUUCGAGCAGGAUUUCUCGGUUUAGAUUACUCCAAUGAGUUUUCAGUUUUUGGUGCACGAGAGCACAUACACCAAUCCGUGUUGCACGAUGAGCACUGGGUGAAGUACCUGCCAGUGGAUAAGUCUGAGAACCCGCACACACAGAGGAUGACUAAUUUCGUGAGCAUAGGUCGUUUUGUGGGUGACCUUUACAAGCGAGCGUACGCUGCACACGGUGAGGGAAUUUACACAAGACUGGCGGUCCCCAUGUGGGUUGAAGGGAAAAGGGCUUCCGGGGCGGCCCGCAUCGCCCUCACGCCACCACUCUUGGCACUCAAGCCCAGACCCAUAGACAUGACCAACAACACGACGCAUAAUGUGUUUCCAGUGAUUUUUCACUCAGCAGGUACCGGGAAAGGGGCUGCGAAAGUAAAGAGAAUGGAGUAUGGUGCGAUCAGUGCGCGCUGGCUUGUGCCGAUGGCGCACGACACAAAGGCAAAGCGUCAGGCGAUGGAGUACCUCGCAUCUGUGCCGUUGUUUCUCUCAACGAAUAACUCUAUCAUUCGGGAUUCCUACCACGCCAAAUGCGGCUUUCCAUUUGAGAGAACGAUUGAAAAGCUGAAGGGUCUUUGA